UUUUGCAAGGCUACAGGAUCUACAUUAGUCAAUGCAUUCCAAACUUAUCAUCCCAUUGACAAAACCAUUGCAGUUGAAUUCGCCACAGGUAUAGGUUCUGGUCCUGAAGGCGAGUCUGAGUACCGCUUGUACUUUGGCAAUGAAUGGCGCAAAGCAAAAUGGAAUCGCAUUGUUGUUCGCAACAUAAUAUCAUUAAUUGGUUCGCAGAAAGAACAAGCUCACAUUUCUGGAGAUUUGUCCUCCGAAGUCAUAGAAGCUUACGUUUGGGACUUGGUAGCACAGGCCCGCGUUUCCUGGAGGGCACGCCUACCUCGUCCUCAUGUAGCUGAAUCACGUUGGGAAACGCCGGCAGAGGCCUGCACUCGUGCUGAGGAGUAUGAAAGCAGACGCGAGAUGGAGUUACGGGUGAAUUCUCGUAAACGUUGUAAAUACGUAGAACGCAAAGAUGGCGUGGCUAAACUGAUCAAAGCUUCCGUAUCAGCAAUAGAUACUAGGAAAUGGACCAUGGUACAGAAUGUCCUGCUCAAAUGCGGUAUAGAGGCGCAGUCCUCUGAUAACACCGACACGGACGAUGAAGUCAAUUCUCCCGCGGCACUCCGCACCGCUGUCCCGCAUUAUCGACGACGCAUCCUCGGCGCUGUUUUCGAAGACUUAGACACUAAGAUCAAAGAACUGAACCGACGCGUUGCGCGUGAUACUGGAAAACGCAUGAUACCCAAGGCAUCCAGGAUACGUAUACGAUCUGGCAUCAAGACCAGGCGAACCAUUGCUUGCAAAUUGCCCGAGAGUUGUUAUCAUGCCCGUUUUGUCCGAAGCUUAGACCCUCUCGCUCUCGAAAACCUGGGGGUGAAGAGAGUUGAGAUUGAUUUGUUCGACAAGUGGGCGAACGCCCAAGGCGAUUCAGACUCAAUGGAGGAGGCUUAG